AACUAUCAUUAUGUAAUAUCGUUCGUGACGCGUAUAUCCUAUUUUGAUAGAUGUUCAAUGUUGAACAAUCGGCGACUAAACAGACGACGGAUGUAUUGGGACUUCUACCCUUAUCUGCCCGGAAGUCGCUGUAGGUUCUCGCAUUAUUCAUGUACAGUAACAACUGACGAACCAGCGAGUAGUGGGCGACCCAACCCGCCUAGCGACACUCUACUUGUGAAUACAUUCUACUUCCCGGUCCACCGAACACUCACUGACACGACCAUGGAAGCCGGGUUUGUGAGACGAGACGCGUCAUGAGAAUGAGGGAGAGUUGUGUGUUAGCUGGUUCCCCACUUUAAUAGUGUGUGACACACUUCAAACAUGUAGAUAACUGUUGACAUCGGCCAUACAAGAGUAUAGCAACCCCAUACCAGGUACAGGAGAGACAGGUGGUGUCCAGACAGAUCGUAUCAAGAGAGAAGAUCAAUUGAUGUAGGAGGUUUGUACCUUCAUCCUGGGACAGUGGAUACCAAACUCUAACAGAAUGGCGACUUCAAAUGGUACUUCACUAACACCAACAACCACAACACCAGAACAAACAACGGAAACAACAGCAACAACAGCAACAACAGCAACAACAACAACUACAACAGAAGCACAAACAACAACAACAACAACAACAACAACACCAACACCCGACGAUCUAGGGAUGUAUAUCGGUGUGGGAAUUGGAACAGCAGUAGUAGUUAUCUUCGCGAUCGUUGUGCUGGUGAUGUGGUGCCGUUGUCGUCGCAAGGCGGGGAAGCAAGACUCCCCACGGGAAAUGCCCGACCCCUACCCGCCAGUAAUCACUGAAUCCGAAGUAUCGUCUUCAACAACCCAUCUCGUCCAACACGAGGGCCUGUCCGCGGAAUCCCUGCCCAUAGCCCCUCCUCCGCCCCAAGUAGAGCAUGAACCCAAUCCCCUGGGACACUUCGACAAGAUGUACGAGAAUACAGUUGGUCAAGGCGAGGACGGGGACGGUGUGGAGGACUACCUACAGCCUCAAAGUUGGAAGCCCCAGUCAGAUGAUUUGUAUAUACCUAUGGGCGUCCCUGUGAUGCUGGGACAACAACCCGUCCCCUCGAGUCAGCUAACAGCCGAGUACGCAGACCCAAGUGUUCAUCAUCCCAAACCUUUGGUGUGCGGGGGGUCAAAAGGGUACGUGAACGUUCCCAACUCCGGCGCAACGACUGCAACGCCGGCCAAAUAUCCCAAAGUGAACGAGGAGGAGGAUGAAGAUCAGGAGGACUACCAGAAUCUCCCUAAAGGUGUGACAGCUCCAGCUGGUAACGGUGUUGUCACGCGUAACACAAACACGCUUCCAAAAUAUGCAAAUCUGUCUGCCGAGGACAUGAAACGCGCCUCGCCUCGAUCUCUCCCUAAAGUACCAAAGACAAAAGUAAAGACUGGACAGACGACAAAGGGAAUGACAGAGCAGACGACAAAAGGAAGGAAAGAGCAGACGACCAACGGAAGGACAGAGCAGACGACAAAAGGAAAGACAGAACAGACGACAAAACGGGUCACGCCAAAGGUCACACCUAAAGUGAAGCACAAACAGUCGUCUCAAGAUGAGGGUGGUGACUAUGUCAAUGUGAAAGAGUAUUCCAAAAAACCGGGAGUAAUCGGUAGACCGGACAUGGUGGAACUUAAGCAUGCUUUGAAAUUAAAAGGGAAGAAAGAUCAUUAAAUGAACGUACACGCUGUGAAAUGUAAUCAGUGUCUUUCAAUUGAGUGAUCAUUUUGAUUAGGGGUCAGAUACCCUUUUUUCAAAGACGUUCACUCGACAAUGCUGUGACAAACCGGUCAGGGAUGUUAGGGGAGGUCAGUUCUGUGACAAGAGGGAAGUCAGUGCUGUUACAAGUGGGAGGUCAGUGAUGUGACACGUGGGAAAUCACUGCUGUGACAAUUCGGAGGUCAAUGGUGUGACAAAUGGGAGGUCAGUGCUGUGACAAAUGGGAGGUCAGAGCUGUGACAAGACGGAGGUCAGAGCUGUGACAAGUGGGAGGUCAGUGUUGGGAUACCGAGAUGCAAGACCUCUGAAGUACUACAACCCUUAAACAAAUUACCUGCCGUAUACGAAUGCACCCGAGAUGGGUUGAGUGUGAUCAAAAUCGCCCCUCUCAGUGUUUAUACUACAGUUUAUAUUCUAAAUGGAUAUAUUCUACUAAAUGUCGCUCCAAUGAAAACGGAUAUCAGUCAGCUCGGUCUGACACUGUGGACCGGAAGCGGAACCUGGCAGGAUGUGGUUUUACGGACACGUGACUCAGCCAGGAACCGAUGGGGUAGUGUCACCAGCAGCACACAAUAAUCGGAGAACAUCACCACACUUAAUAUCAUUCUUAGAAAGAUACCAUUGUACGAAUCCCGACACGAUUUAAUGAAUACAUAUUUAACUGUGAUUGUCAUGACAACAAAUUCUAACAUCGAUCGGUGAAAGGAGGGUAGGGGGAGAGAUUUGUCGAGUUGUGUGGCUCCAUAUUGGAUGACUAUGCCCAAUACAUUGGGGCGAGGCAGAGUGUGUGUCAGAGUAAAUAUGCACCCCCUGAACAUUUGCUCAGUAGGAAUCGAUACACUAUGGGUACUGGUUCCUGUGGAACAACAUAAGAAGAGUAUACCCAGGGCGCGGACUAUUUUCUUCCCUCGGUUUAUUCCUAUAUAUGAUUAUUUUACUCGGGUGUGCGUGA